AUGGUUUCAUUUUCAUGUGAGGGGUGCGGUGAUGUUCUCACCAAGAAGAAGCUUGACUCCCAUCGCAACCAAUGUCGCGGAGCAAGCUUUACCUGCAUUGACUGCAUGGUCCACUUUCAGGGGACGCAAUAUAAAUCGCAUACGUCAUGUAUGAGCGAGGCUCAGAAAUACCAAGGAACACUCUAUAAAGAGAAACCGGCCAAGAAUCAACGGAAAGGAAACAACAACGACAAUAGAAACGGGAACAAAAACGAUAACAAGCCCGCGAAAUUGAACACUCCCCACCGUGCCCCGUACGUGGAAGAUGCUCCCGAUUCGCAAACCAACCUUGUCCCUCCUGCUCCGAGCCCCCCUACUCCAAGCGAAGCCAAGAAAGCGUCGACAAAUGACGGUGCCAAGGUCAAUGUAUUCGAUUUCAUGGUUGAUGAAAAGACGCCAAAUGCGUCCAAGGUGUCUCUUGUCCACCCGAAAGAGCAGAUGAAGAUGAAGGACCACGCGCCUUCGGUUUUUGAACCUCAAGCGUCUGCGAGCAGCAACGCCGAUGAUGACAAUGGAAGCAAAAACUACGAUGUCGCUUACGAGGAACACGGUUUCUCUUACGGUUCUGGUCCAAUCGAUCCACCAACCUAUCCGAACAACAAGAAUGCUGCUAUAUCGAUGGAGUUCAUGACCCCCGCGCCGAAGAAAAAGAAGGACCGGCGGGGAGAGAGGAAGCAAUCGCCUCCGACUUUAACUGCAACUACUAGUGAGAAGAAGCGGAAGCGCCGUAUUGACGACCAUGAUAUCAAUGACGCAGAUACUCCUAUGCUCGAGGCUCCAUCUAGCGUGUUGAACCACCCAGGAACGCCGUUGCUCAACCAUUCCGGACUGACAGGCGGGCUCGACCGCAUGCUCCGGUCACCUUCUUUAGACGAUGAAGACGCUUCGGACAAUCCGCGCCGACGGUACCAGGACCCUUCAUCGCCUCUCAAGCGCACCCGUCGUGACGAGAAGGAAAGCCACGAUGCCGGUCUCGGCAUCUCGAUUAAAAACCGAGCCGAGCGCCUGGUCUCUUCUAUGUUUGCUGGUUCCAGCGUUUCCGGAAGCAGUGUUGCCGGUCACGAGAACGAGCCUCGCAAGUCCAAGAAGACUCACAAGAUUCGCAACGCCCCGAGCGACCAUGGCGCCCCAUCCGAGGCCGGUAAGACCAAGCGCAAGAUUAGUGCGCAAAUGGAGGGGGAACGCCCAGUGCGUCGUCUCAAGAAACUCGAGUAUCCCGAGCGUUCGUACUCGCCACGAGAGGACGGUCGCGAGUUGAUCGUUUACCGGCAGGAGAACCACCCGGACGAGAUCCAGCAAGAGAUGGCUGCGCACUUUUUGUCUUUAGUGACCAAGGGACCAGAGAGCUCCCGAGGUUUCUCCAUCAACAAGGUUCUCAAGCGAUUCCACAAAGACUUCACAGACGAGUUCGACGGAGACCGCGGACGAGAUCAAGGUCGAAGCCGCGCAGAUCGCGAACGGAGGGCAGAUGAUGAGAAGGAUCUAUGGCGUACGCUGCGUCUGAAGCAGAACGAGCGAGGGGAGAUUGUGUUGUUUUUCUAA